CUCCUUCAACUUCAUCAUCAUCAGCAUCAUCAUCAUCAUCACACGCCUCGGCAACAGCAGCUUCGGCUUCAUCAGAGGCAGAAGCAGUGCCCGUCGACUGUGUGGAGAACGAAUAACCAAAGCAGCCCGCAUCUUUAUAAAAGGUGCUCCACUUGAGGCGGAAGAUGGGGAAAUGGCAGUUCCAGAUGACUGAAUGUAAGGACCAAGAAAUCCGACAAAAUCUUCAUUUAUGACAAAACCCCGGAUCCGUGCACCAAUAGGAACUUCAUUUAAAGAACAAAAGAUUGCCCCAUUUGACGCCUAGAAAACAUGGAUAUAUCGUCAUCUUCGCUUCAGUAUGGAUCAAAAAAGCGGGUUAAGAUUCACCCAAACACAGUGACAGUGAAAUAUGCCACUCACUUCCCUCAGCCUGGCGAUGAGGGCUAUGAUGAUGCACCCUCUUUUGAGGACUUUGGCGCCUUCGCUGAAGCCAAUGUGGGAAAGAGACUGGUGUCAGACAGCAAAGGUGGCAGGACUUUCUUUGGAACCAUGGAGACCCAACCUAAGCAGCCAAGUGUGCAAAGAGACAAGGGCGUUGAGGGGCAGCUGGCCAGCUUCGGCGAGGCAAAUGUGUUGGCCUCCAGGGUGACCUGGAUGGCCUUGUUUGGAGCAGCAGUGGCUCAUGGUUGUGUGGCACUGAUUACUCGUUUAGCAGCUGACCGCUCUAAAGUUCCCUCUCUUGAGCUGCUCUUUAUCCGCUCUGUGAUCCAAGUGCUGUCCAUCCUGGUGGUCUUCUACUACCAUGAGGCCCCCUUUGGCCCUAAGGGCUAUCGACUGCGUCUCUUCUUUUAUGGUGUCUGCAAUGUAAUCUCAAUCACCUGCGCCUACACAUCCUUUGCCAUAGUACCACCCAGCAAUGGCACUAUCAUGUGGCGUGCCUCCACCACAGUCUUCAGUGCAAUACUAGCCUUCCUACUGCUGGAUGAGAGGCUGGGCUACACAGAUGUGGUCACCGUGGUAGGAAGCGUGUUUGGCCUGUGCCUGGUUAUGGUGCCAAAUGUAGCAGAUGAGGAAAAAUCCAGGCUGGGGUUUUGGAAGGAGGCCUUUGGCUACACAAUGACAGUGAUGGCUGGAAUGACCGCUGCCCUCUCCAUGAUCGUCUACAGGGCCAUUAAGGAGCGCGUCAGCAUGUGGACGGCACUCUUUACAUUCGGCUGGACGGGCACAGUUUGGGGUGCCUCCACCAUGUUUAUCAUGCAGGAGCCCAUCAUUCCUCUGGAUGCGGAGACCUGGGGCUAUUUAAUUGGGAUUUGUAUCUGCUCCACUGUGGCAUUUCUCGGAGUCUACUAUGCUCUAAAUAAGUUUCAUCCAGCCUUAGUUAGCACCGUGCAGCACCUAGAGAUUGUGGUUGCCAUGUUUCUCCAGCUCAUCGUUUUGAGAAUGAUCCCCUCUGUCUAUGACGUCAUUGGGGGCCUAGUCAUCAUGAUUAGUGUGUUUACUCUGACAGGAGUCAAGCUGUACAGGGUAAGCAGAGCUAUUCGUCAGGAUUAUCAAGAGAUCCUGGACUCGCCCAUCAAAUGAAUUUAGGUGUCAGUCUAAUUGUUUACAAUGUUGCUUGGUCGUGCAAUUUAAAGAAUGUCUGGAUCGUCAUCUGAUGAUUUUGCAUUGUUGUGUUGUCAAACGAGUGCCAGUUGUGUAACUAAUAAAAAAUUGUGUCUUAAUAUUUGUGUGUGAAAUAAAAAAAACAAAAACAAAUAUAACAUUGUGACCACUUUCCUCCACUAGUACUGCUUUAAUGUCUAAUUCAUUGUGUCUCUGGCCAAAAUGUGUGCUUUGCCAUGCGCUAACAUUUGAAAUCAAAUUGACAAUAUGGAAUCUGGUCUUGUGAAUGUCAGUGUAAAAUCAGCAAAGGUGUGGUGUAUGUCUGUAAAGAUCAGCCCAUAAAUGAUUCGUAUCACAUAAAAGAUAAGAACAUUAAAUACAACCCACCUUU